AUGGAGUCACCAAACUCCCCAAUGAAAAUUGAUAAUCCGACGACUGUGACUCGAAGUCCAGAGCUCGCAGAACCUAUAUCAGAACCUCGAGAAUGGAAUACAAAAAACCUGACGUAUAGACUUGGUGUGGAUUUUGUGUCUGGUUUUACGGCUGCAACUAUGGUUGCGCCAAUUAUCACUAUCAUCGACAAAGGUAUCAUGCAAAAUGCCUCCGGACAAGCAACACUCAGAGACUCACUACGAUCGUCCCUCAAGAGCUUCCUUCUCCAACCUCAUAACCUGCUCUUCUCGAAACCUUUCGCCCUGAUAUGUAUGUUAUACGGAGGCACAUACCUGACAGCCAACACCCUCGAUACUGUUACAUCCACCGUACAUAACAAGCCCGCAUCUACAGUCACAUCUGGAACAUCGAAAUUCGUUGCAAGCUCGACCGCAAACAUCGGAUUAUGUCUCUUCAAAGAUCAAACAUUCGCCCGCUUGUUUGGUCCCUCCGGUCCACCAAGACCCGUACCUUUCCCCUCAUAUAUACUCUUCACUGCUCGCGAUUGUCUGACCAUUUAUGCUUCAUUCAACAUACCGCCUAUGCUUGGCCCAGUCAUCACCAAGAAUCUAUCAGAGGAAUUACAAAAGUCGAUAAGCGGACAAACAAUUUCGCAAUUUUUGGCGCCAGCUUCGGUACAGCUUAUAAGUACGCCUAUGCAUUUGUUGGGCUUGGAUUUAUAUAAUAGAGGGAAAGGUGUUACUUGGGGAGAUAGAUGGGGUAUUGUGAAGAAGAAUUGGGGGGUUAGUGCUGCGGCUAGAAUAUGUAGGAUUGUGCCUGCGUUUGGUGUAGGAGGGGUGGUGAAUAUGAAGGUCAGGAAGGGAUUGAUGAAUCGCUUGGAGUAA